AUGGAGUUGCCCGAGAUCUACACCAAUGAUGAGUUUGGCGUUGACAAUAAUGGGGCUGCAGAACGGGUUGAGAAUCUUUAUACCAAUGAAGAUGUGUGUCUUGUACUUCUGUGUGUUCUCCUACUGACUGGGAUCAUAGGCCUCUGUGGAUGGGGGUAUUACAAGUCCAAUUUGUACUUCAUCUCUACAAAGAUGAAAACCUGGGAAGAGAGCAGACAGGACUGUCUGAGAAGAGGAGCAGACCUGGUGAUCAUAAACAGUGGAGAAGAACAGGUCUAG